AUGCCAACAUCCCAGAAGUGGCUAUUUUCAAGGACCGGAAUCGUCUUUGCCGUGAUUCUAGCGCUGCGCCUCACCAGGCCUGGCGCAUUUUUAAACGUGUCCUUUGGUAUAGACGUAGCGGCGAGAAUCCAUUUUGUUAGGUGCUUCGACAUCAAAAACACCGGGGGCAAUUUGCCGUAUACCUACUGCGAUGACUUCUUCGGUCACGUGUGCUACGGCGCACUAGAGCCUCACGAAGAUUUCCUUAUGCAGAGCCACUUUGAGUCCUCUUACCUGUAUAUCUUCCACUAUAUGUGGCUCUUCAAUUCAUCCCAUCCUCGUGGAACUCCCAUAGGCCAUGGCUCAUCGCCGAAAACGAUCGCCAUCGCAGAGAUUGACGCGCAGGUUCUGCCGGAGCCUGAUAGUGUGGAAGACCUGAGGUACGAGUAUUCUUCAGCAGGCGCGUCCAGAUUUCCUCAGCACGAUUUUCUUAUCUAUGUCCCAACUUUCCUUAAAGGGUCAUUGAAAAAGAAGGCCAUUCAUGAAAUUGGCAUAGAACUUGCCCCACACAUCCACCUGAUUGCAGGUGCCCAAUUACAAGCUGGGUGUCUCGGAGUAAAGUCUAAUAUGAAAGUCAUGGCACCUUCGCGCAUCGGCAGUCAGACUCGUUUUCAAUAA